AAUGAAAUCAGAGUGUUCUUUGUUUAUUUUCGAGGCUCGCGCUUCGCCUGAUAAUAUUAUCAACGUAAAGGGAAUAUGUGAAUAUAUAUUAUAAAAACAUUGAUUUUAUUUAUAAAUAUUAACAAAAUUAACAAGGUAUAAAUUAUGGAAAUGUGACGAUGAUGGUGAUCGAUUGACGACGUACCAUGUUGUUAGUAGUAUCUACGGCGAUGGUGACUCUGGUACUGGUGGUAACCGCUCGUGGUGACAAUGAAGAGGUUCACGUGCUUGAAAAUAAACCAAAAUUAUUAAUAAAAUCAUUACGCCGUCAGCUGAUGUAUGACAACUCCGAUUAUACAUUAGAAGACACUAAUAGUACAGAAAAAAAUGAUUCUUAUGAAGGAAAACAUAAAAAAGAAACUAGAAAAAACUUUUAUGUGUCAGAUCUUCCUAUUAAUGGACAAGAAGAUGAAGAAAACAACUUUACUUCUAAAGUCAACGAAUUUAAGAAAGAUAAUAACAAAAACAUAGAACUUGUUGUAUCAAAGAAAGAUCUUUUGUAUUACGUUGACGAUGAAAAAUUACCUUGGCAGAAACAAGACGAGAAGUAUUAUCGAACAGAAUCAACAGUCAAGUACAAGUUGUUAAAGGCAAAACAUCAAUAUCGUCGCUCUGGCCAAGCAAGACUUAUUCAAAAAGAAGAUAAGGAAGGUGUAGCCAUAGUUAAUCUCGAUAAAGGACCAUUCCCCGAACUCCGUCUUCCUAACUCAAGAAGACAAUACAUGCACGACCAUGGUGAAGUUAUGACCGAGGACGAAGAGGUUCCUCCACCUGUCGUUGAUACCAGUGAUCCCGAAGCGGCUGCUGACGAAGUGGGAAAUGUAACAGUAACAGAAAUUACUGACAGUACAACAAUUUAUAACUAAUAACUACACUCAUUGCCUUCUAGUUAGCCCUUACUUUUCACGACUGCCUUAAUGGAAAGUUGUCUUCAAUUAGAUAAUUAAGGAUUUAUUUAAAUAAAUAAAAUACUUUAAGUUAAAAAAAUACGUUGCUCAUGUCCAAUAUAAUAUGCAUUAAUCUAUUUUAUUGUUUGAUAAUCUUUUUUUUUAUAUUUCGACAGUUCUUUCCUUUUUUUUAAAUACAAUUAAUUAAAAAAU